AAGUUGUUAGGUAGCCAACAGACCGCAAGGUUUAAGCAUUCGUCUCCAGCGUUGUCGCUUAAGCGGGUAGAAUAAGCCACAUGUAAUUCAAUCGCUGCUUGGGAGUUAUUUAAUCAACGAGCUAUUGUCUUACAGUGGGAAUAUAUAAGUGAUCAUGUCGGAGGAUAAAAUAGACACGGAUAAAGACUUAGGAAGACGCGAACAAACCCCUCUUGAACAGAAAAGGGCUCUCCGGCCGAUUUUGAAGGACCAGUACCACCAAGACAGCUUGUUCGGGAAUUCAUUCCAAUCGAAAUCAUUUUUCGUCGUGCACCCCGAGUGGCUGUCGGAAGCCGUCGAUAACACGGAUCCGGAGCCCCUGCAACGUCCCCCAUGGCCGUGGGAGCAACCCCGCUACCGCCAGAACGUCCAACUACCCAUUACGUACAAAAUCGAGGAGUCCGAAACCAAGAGUGACGAAAACGAGACUGAAAAGGAUAAAGCCGGUUCUGCACCGAGUUCCCCGCUACCCUAUGCACUACCGAUCGGUUAUACCUUCACACACCCGAGUAUAGAUGACGCUAAACCGUUUUUGAAACAUACACAAUUUGGGGCUCCCGUAGUAGAUACAUCAAACUAUAAAUUGAGUUUUUGAAAUAGUAAUACAUCAGUUAUUGUUUCAAGUUUUUAAUAUUAUAAGUAUUAUAUAGUUGCAUAGAAAUAGACUUGAAACGUGUUUGAACUGUAUUAUAAAAUAUUCCCUGUCUUAAAUUUGUUUUAUUGUUAGAAAAAAAUAAAGAAAUACAAUUAAACAUGUAUAGCUGAAGACGCACAUGUAUCAAAUUGACCAUCGAAGUAGUUCACAUAUUCCUAUACAGUUAACCAACAUUUAUUUACAACAUACCUGAAAGAGCUUCAUUUCUUGUCAAUAUUCACGUAUUGUUAAUACACUCAGUAAGCAUACAAUUGAAACUAUAAUGACAUUGUUGUAAAACACAUGGGAAUUGUUAUUUGAUGUUCCUUGGAAUAUAUGUGUUCUGUCUUGAUAGCAAAUGCAACCUUUACCGCCACAGUAUUAUAAGUGCACGUAAGUUUCAAUUAUAAGUUAAUAAAAGUACUAAGUUUU